UUCUGUUCGAUCAAAGCGGAGAGCGGCGCUGCAGCGCGCAUGCAUUAUACACACCACAGUCCUGCGAUACUGAAGUGAACCGGACCGGACUGGGCUAGCCCCACCGAACACAGCAGCACUUGACAGAACGUAGGGCUGCAACGAAGCAUACAGUUCUAGCUUAUUAUAAUAUAUCGCCUCGUCAAGGUGUACGGGUAUUUUCACAAGACACCGGUAAGACACAAGACAGACAGACAGAUCGACAGACGCACUGCCGAAUAGGUGAUCCUAUACAUAUAUUGAAUCUCAGGAAUAAGGAAGCGCUCAACCGCGAGUCUCCGCACUCUGCGAGGACCGGACCUGCUACAUGCCGCUGUGUGAAAACGAAUAGAUGCAGAGGAAACAAACUGGAGUCCGAAACGAGCAGCAAGAAAAACUGACAGAACGAGAAAGAGGGAGAGAGCGAGCGAGAGACACCUUAGAUGGAAGGAGGUCGGACUGAAGGGAAUAACAAAGUACCUGCCCGAGAGAAAGAGAGAGCGAGGGAGCAAGCAACACAGGUUGAAAGAGGAGAAGAGCUCCACUCCUCCAUUGAGCGGCAACACGUUCUGUCCAUCCCUUCUCCUCUGCUAGCAUCCUUGUCGAUCACUCUCUUCAGUCUCGCUGUGCACCAGGGAAUGGUGCUUCGUGCUCGCGAUGGUCUGGUGUGAGAAGGGAAUCCAGAUCUUGCUCACCACAGUGGGAGCAUUCGCCGCGUUCGGUCUGAUGACGGUGGCGAUCGGCACCGACUACUGGCUCUAUGCAAGAGCCUUCAUCUGCAACAGCACAGCCAACUCCAGCACUGACGACACCCACAGCAAAGACAAGAAGGACCCUGGCGCACUCACUCAUUCUGGACUGUGGAGGAUCUGCUGCUUAGAGGGUUUGAAACGUGGCGUUUGUGCGCAGAUUAAUCACUUCCCCGACGACGCAGACUUUGACCAAAAUGAAUAUGUCCUGCGAGUGGUCCGGGCCUCCAGUCUCUUCCCUAUCCUCAGCGCUAUACUGCUCCUGCUGGGGGGAGUGUGUAUUGCAGCAAGUCGUUUCUACAAGAGCAAAAGAAACAUCAUCCUGGGGGCAGGGAUACUGUUUGUAGCAGCAGGCCUCAGUAACAUCAUUGGGGUGAUCGUGUACAUCUCAGCCAGUGCAGGAGACAUCUCCAUGAAGAAGGAUGAGGAUAAGAAGUGGCACUACUCCUACGGCUGGUCCUUCUACUUCGGGGGGCUGAGCUUCAUCCUGGCGGAGAUGAUCGGGGUGCUGGCUGUGAACAUCUACAUUGAGAAGAACAAGGAGGCACGCUGCCGCUCGCGGACUGACCUCCUCAAGAGCACCUCUGCCAUCCUGCGCCUGCCCAGCUACCGCUUCCGCCCUCGCUCCCGCUCCAGCUCCCGCUCCAGCGAGCCCUCCCCAUCCCGGGACCCCUCCCCCGUCAGGGUGAAGAACUUCGGGGGGCUACCCCCCUCGCAGGGCCCCCUGUCAGUGUCCACUCUGCCCAACCCCCACUCCUCCUCCUCCGGCGGGGCGGACAUCACCAUGUACACGCUGUCUCGGGACGCCAAGCUGGCGGGGCUGGGCGGGCUGGGUGCUCCUCUCUACGGGACAGUAGACAGGGCAGCGUUCUUUCAGGUCCACAACUGCUUCCCGAAAGACUCCCACCAGGGCAUCUCCUCCUCCUCCCAGCAGCUGAUCGACAGGCAGGGCGGGGGCCAUUGUGUAACACCCCUCCCCCCCCUCCCUCGCCCCACCCCUGGGGUGGGGAUAGCACUAUCCGACCGCUUCCUGUCGAAGGUUAAGUUCCAAUUCAAACACCCUGAAUUGGUGUGGUACACCAGUCCUGAGGAGAGGAGGGGUCCUUCAGGAAGGAAGGUAGCCUCGCACUUCCUAGAUCACAUUAUCAGUGUCUUCGGGGGGAAAGCAUAUCACUGUGUGAAAAGGUGGCAGUCGAAAGGGAAAGAGGCCGCUGAGUCUACCGAUCGCCAGGAAUGGCGACUCUUCUUCCUCUUCUGUGGAGGAGGGGAAGGAGAGUUAGAGCUCGAGGAGGAUGAGGAAGACCAUGGGCUACUUUCCCGGAUGAAGAGCCGUGGCGUGAGGACGUAG